CACCGCGGAGUAAGAGCAGGAGCGGGGAGGGGUGAGUCACCCUCCGAAAGGGCUCUCGCGCGGCGCCUAUAUCUCUCUGGCUCCCGCCGCAGAGGCCAGGGUCCUGCCUGUCUUGCUUUGCCUUCGCCGGCCUCUGCUGCAGUCCCAGAGGCGGUCUCUUUCGCCUCCAAUCGGGGAGCCUCAGCAUCAUCCCAAAAUACAGCACCACCAUCACCAGCCCCUUGAUGUCCAGCGGCAGCAGCCCGCAGGGUGGGCAGAAUGAAGGAGGACAUGCCCCCCAACUCCACCUAUGAGCAGCUGGGUAGGUUUGUGCCCAACAACAGCAGCGGCGGCGGCAACUCCUUGUAUCUUUCUGAGGCACCUCCUCUUCCCUUGAACCCUUGGGAUGUGGUACUUUGUGUCUCCGGGACCAUCAUCUCCUGCGAGAAUGCAAUUGUGGUGGCUAUCAUCUUUUACACGCCUGCCUUCCGGACACCGAUGUUCCUCCUGAUUGGGAGCUUGGCCACGGCUGACCUCUUGGCUGGCUUGGGUCUCAUCUUCCAUUUUGCAUUUGUCUACUGCAUCCAGUCCCAGGUGGUGAACCUCAUCACGUUGGGCCUCCUGGUGUGCUCCUUCACCGCCAGCGUGGGCAGCCUCCUGACCAUCACCAUCGACCGCUACUUGUCCCUCUACAACGCACUGACCUACUAUUCGGAAAGGACCGUCACCCGAACGUACAUCAUGCUCAUUGUUACCUGGGGGAUCUCCAUUUCCUUUGGGCUCUUGCCCGUGAUGGGUUGGAACUGCCUAAAAGACAACUCCAGCUGCAGCAUUGUCAAGCCGUUGACCAAGAACAACCUGGUCAUCCUCUCCAUCUCCUUCUUCAUGGUCUUUGCCAUGAUGCUGCAGCUUUAUGUGCAGAUCUGCAAGAUUGUGUGCAGGCACGCCCAGCAGAUUGCGCUCCAGAGACACUUCUUGGCCACCUCACACUACGUCACCACCAGGAAAGGGAUCUCCACCUUGGCUGUCAUCCUGGGGACCUUUGCUUCUUGUUGGCUGCCCUUUGCCAUUUAUUGUCUCCUCGGAGAUUACACCUACCCAGCUCUCUAUACCUACGUGACUGUCCUUCCUGCGACCUACAAUUCUAUGAUCAACCCUGUUAUCUAUGCCUUUAGGAACCAAGAAAUCCAGAAAGUAUUGUGGACAAUCUGCUGUGGGUGCAUCUCUUCGGCCAUGCCUUUCCGAUCUAGAUCUCCCAGCGAUGUCUGAAUCUUGUCUAUUGCACUAGGCCUCUCCAUCUGCUCAAAAGACUUGUGUUGCAAAUAGCUUUUCUUUUUUUGAGAGAGAGAGAUGCAAAAUGCACAGCCCUUACUGAUUUCCUCUUUUCCCUGUGAGUGAAAUUGCUGUUAUCGAUGAUUUAUUUUUUCACUUCCAGAAGAAAGGGAAUUUUUAUUUUUUUAUCCUUUUUUUGUUGUUGUUUUUUAAAAACAAGGCUUUCUGUCUGUCUGUAUGUGGUGCGUUCAGUCACAUGUAAAAAGAUCAAAUAGAAAAAUAGAAUUUGGAAAAGUUUAUAAUGCAUUAUUUUUUUAAAACAAAGGGAAACGGGAAAAAACCUCAAAAUCUUUUUGACCUUGCUUUUGAGUUUCGACAGCCUUACUUACCUCAGAUGUCAGAAAAUAUUUUUCUACAUUGAAACGAAAUCUCGCUGGACUCCCAUCUUUUAUUUUUAUUCAUUUCCAUGGAUGGAAGAUGAGAGAUGAUCUAUAAAUCAGCCAAAUUUAAAAAUAGAUGUGUGCAUUUCAUUUCAUUUCAUUUAUUUAUUUAUUGCAUACCUAUUUAAUUGAUUUAAAAACAUAUAUUUUUCCCCUAGUCUACAUUUUGCUGCCCCCUCGUGUUCAUUCUGUUUUAAUAUACACAGAGGUAUGCUGAAGGGCAGAGGAAAGACAAAAGAUCAUUUUGCAUGUCUGUCAACCAAGUCAGUAUUAAUAAAUGGGAUGUAUAUAUAUUAGAUAAUAACAAUGUGAGCAGGGGAAAAUAUGAUUGUGGUUUUAAAAGACCUCUGUGCAGCUAUUUUACAGUAAACAAUUUAAAGAUAUGCUUAAGGGCAGCCUUUCCUAAGCCUGGGUUCCAGAUAAUAUUAGACUACAACAUCCAUCAUCGCCAGUCAGCAUGGCCAGUGGUCAGGAAUAAUGGGAGUUUUACUUUAAAAACCAUCUGGGGAGGCAAGCUUGGGAAAAGUUGUAAUGAAUGUACUAUAAACUGACCAGCCCAGAAGGGAGGGGCUGGAAAGGAGUUAUUCUGAAAUAAGGCUAUAGGACUGAAUAUAAUUCACGUAGCACUGAAAACCCUGGAUCAUUUAUCCGAUAUGCUGUCUUUUUGCUGUUAUUAUUUCUUCUCCCUUGUUCAAAUUUGCACAAUCCUGGAAAGGACAUGAAUGUAACAGGCACUUUGCAAAAUGUGACAUUUUUACUACUGUGUGACAAAGGAACUAAAAUAUGCUCUGUAUGAGUUGAAAAAUGUACUGUAUACUUUUGUUUACAACCACCAGGGAAAAAUAAAAUAAAUUAAUUUUGUGGUA